AUGUUCGAAAUCUGGAAGCGAGCGUGGAACUUGUCCAAGAGCGGGGAAGAUGCACAAAACGGGACUCCUGUAUAUUCUUCGCGAAAGCGCAGUCGUUCGACGGAGGAGGAUGGAAUGGAGCUGGACGUCUCUGCCAGCGAGGCUGGCCCGCAGAGUAAAAAGCGGAGAUUCAUGCCAAAUCUCGCUGAUCUACCAAAAUACUGUAGUCUGCAAGACCUCGAGGUGUUUGAAUCUGCCACACAGUGGGAUACCAUCGGUGUCUUUUACGACGGUCAAGUGAAAAACUACGUGACUGGACUCCUUUGCGAAUGGGCCCAAGGGCUCGAACCUGUGAGGAUGAAUGAAGGUCGUUGGAAGCGUAUAUGUGUGAUUAUCGCAGAAGAAGACGACGUCGUUUUCAGCUACUCUCAAGACUUGCAAGGUUUGCGCCCGAGACUCAACAUUGUUGCCGCUCCCACAACCGCCGACGGUACCGAAGACGAAACAUGGAUGGAGCUAAUGGCCAAUGAUGCCAUCGUAAUGACACAUCGGCAGUUUUUGGAUUAUCUCGACAACGGCGUGCUGUCAUUCUCUCAACUUAACCUUCUUAUCAUCGACAAUCCCGAGCUGGCUCUAGAAUCAACACAGCCUCUAGCUGCGAUUGUUUCAGCGCUUGGGCAGAUUAUUCAAGAUGACCGCCCCCGUAUCUUCGGUGUGGUUGAGCCAUCGGGGUUCAACUUUGAGUUCACAGAACGACAUCUCAAGCUCGAAGAGACGCUCGGGGCUCGAUUCUUUGGAACUUCUCAAGCAACGAGAGACGAAAUCGUUGCCCUGAGAGAGUAUCCAAACGAGCUCGUUGUACGUUUCAGCCCUCCAAGCAAAGUAGUUGACACUGCAUUAUGCAAACAUCUUCGGACGUUUGACACCAAGGAGCGAGUUUACCGUACCGAAUUUCGAGCUGCCAAGGCGUUACUGCGAGAAGUUGGGCCGUUUGCCGCAGAUUGGGUGUGGAGAAGGUCCCUCAAGAAAAUGGAAGAGGCGAAUACUGAGCGUGUUUACGAUGGAGAAGACGACACUUCCGCCGAGGCAGCAAAAAAAGAGGCUGCCAUCCGACAAAGUGUCCAUCACAGUGUCAAGAAUUGGACUUUUACAAUGCCCAAUCUGGAUGCGGCAUCCAGAGGCUUCAAUGUCUCUCCAAAAGUCACCAAACUUGUUCAAAUACUGCAAUGCUUCCAGCAAGCUGGCGACACUUUUCGAGGCGUCGUCCUCGUGCGCCGGCGCAUAACGGCUCUUGCGAUCGUAGAAAUUCUCAAAACUGCAUCUGAGCAGAUCCCGUUCAUUCGUGUCGAAGCGCUGACUGGUCCAUGGUCACACGAAAAUCUGCCACAGCUAUCUCUACUUGAAGAUUUCAAGAAUGGCAUCUACAACCUGUUGAUUGCCACCAAAAUUGCGGAGGAUGGUUUAGACAUGCCGCCGUGCACCUGCGUAAUUCGCUAUGACAUAUCUCAUAGCAGUGUCUCGUACGCACAAACAAGAGCGAUGGCUAAAGGCAAGGACUGCCACCUCAUUCUGAUGCUCGACAAAAACUCUGAUAUGGGCCGUCAAACCAUCCGAGGUGUUGCACGGAUGCCAGAUGAAGUCAAAGAUUGGACCCAAAGAGUUGCGAUUAACAAAUCUGGCGCUUAUCCACCAGCGACGAUCUCGCAGAACACUGAAGGAUACUACUCGGAUAGUGAUGGAGAAGCUCACGCGCAAGCAGAGUACAUCAAGGAUCCAACUAUGAGUGGGCGUAUCUAUGCAGAAGAUGCGGUCAGCGUUAUCUAUCGCUAUCUAGCCACCUUGCGCAAAGGGAGCGUAGAAGAUGUGAAGAUGGAGAACGUCUUCUACUUUACAAUGCGCGCGUCAUCUGAACAUGUUUGCACCGUCGUGUUUCCACCAAACGGGUUUAUAGCCCACGUCGAGGGACCUCCUAGUGUGUCACCAGGAGCAGCGAAAAGAGCAGCGUGCUUCGAAGCUUGCAAACGCCUCCAUGAGCUCGGUCUGCUCUCCUAUCGGCUAUUUCCUCGGCCAAGGGAAGUCAUGCGAAGACUACGACCGGUCGCGGUCUCUAUCGACCAGGAGGUUGAGCAGACGAAGGGCGACAUUUUGCCAUCCUUGCCUCCUGCCCCAUCCAGCGAAGGAGCCGAACACGACCCAACCGCACCUAUCACGACCCAGGCUCCGACCGCGACGCAGACGGCAGCAACGGGAACAAGAUGCUAUAAACGCAAGUUCCCCGAAUUUUGGACCAAUGCCGUGUCCGUCAGUCACCAGCGAUACUACCCGACUAUUGUCACCGUGGAUCGCAACCACAAUGCUGCAAAACCAUACCGGCCGGUUCUUCUGAUCACAAGAGCCCCACUUCCGCCUGUGGAGGACUUUAAGCUCUUCUUCGCCACACAGCCCUCUAUCACUUACCUGAGGCCGGCACUACCAACCAGCUUCAAUGGACGAGAAGUCGACCUACUCUACAGAUACACGCUUCGAGUCAUGCGCUCGUUGCUCAACAAGCCGCUUGCGUGCUCAAAGGAAACCAUUCCAUUUUUGAUCGCACCCCUGAGCUUCGGGUGGAAUAUCGAAUUAGGAAAAGCGGAGCCUGCCUGGCCAUACCCCGACGCGACGGAAUUCAUACCAUGGGAUCUCAUGACCUAUGCCGCAGACCAACACCUCGUUCCACUUCGCACCGAUACCAUCGAAGCACUUGAACAAGACAUCAAGGAUGCGGUGGUUCAAGAUUGGUGGACGGAAUUCACUAAGAGAUACGACUGCAUGAGUGUUCGUCGAGAUCUUAAUCCGGUGACACCCCUGGAGGGAAUGCGCAAGCAAAAAUUCUCCAAUCUUGUUGAAUAUUGCAAGGCGAAGCGAAAAGGUUUCGAAGGCCUGGUCGACUAUGACCAACCGCUGAUCGAAGUAUCCAACUUGCCAAGUGUUGUAAAUCGUCUAUCUCCAACCAUAUCAUCGAGUAAUACCGCACCCGGCGCACCUUUAUACACAGCAAAGUUCGUCAUACCCGAACUUUGCUCCAAAUUUACUAUCCCGGCGAGUACGAUGCGGACGUUGUCGUUGCUCCCGUCUAUCAUGAAACGGGUCGAAGAUACUCUCUUAGUCCGCGAGCUCAACGCGAUGUAUUUCAACAACGAGAUUGACGAGUCCGCUCUACAAGCUGCGAUCACCGCGCCUUCAGCAAGCAUGGAAGUUGACUACGAGCGUCUAGAGCUACUUGGCGAUGCGUAUCUCAAAUACCUGUCCUCCAUCUAUCUAUUUGUCACUAACCCGAACAAGCACGAGGGAAUUCUGCAUCUCGCCCGUCAGAAGAUUAUCAGCAACCGAGCUCUAUUAGUCAAUGCAGACAAAUCCGGUCUUCCUCAGUAUAUCCAGUCAAAACCAUUCUUACCGAAGAUGUGGCUUCCACGCGGGUACACUGUCGUCCGACCAGAACCCAAGAGUACGGCGACUCACAAAGAGAGUAGAGGAAAUACAAAUAUGGAAAUCAAGGAGGAGAGGUCGUCACCCGAUCCUAAUGGGUUGCCCACUUCCGCAAACGAAGACAAGUCGAUGACCAUCAAAGCGGACGAGCAGAAAUUGAAAUCGAAGAAGUCAUUGUAUGAUGAGGAUCAUCAAUGGCUGGGUGACAAGUGCGUUGCCGAUGUAGCGGAAGCCAUCAUCGGGGCUGCAUUCCAGACUGGUGGGCCAUCUCUUGGUCUUAAAGUUGUGAAGUCACUUCACUUGCCGCUCCCGUUCAUUGAGAGUUGGGAUGAUUUUUCGCUAAAGGCAAAAGCACCUCCUCCGGACUUGACCAUCACUUUGGAAGAUAACGUGUUGGAGACGGUUGAGGCUACAGUUGGAGCCAAAUUCCACCGGCCUCACAUCCUUGCUCAAGCAUUGACGCACACAUCAGCACGAGGUAACGAUAUGACAUGCUACGAACGACUAGAAUUCCUCGGGGACGCUGUCUUAGACUUUUUGGUUAUCCAACACAUCUUUGAUCUUCACGGUCGCCUUACUCCUGGAGCAUUGACAAUGUUAAAGGGAGCAAUGGUUUCCAAUUCUGCCUUGGCCGCCAUUAGUGUCCACUAUGGUCUCCAUAAGUUUUUGGUCGUUGAGUCGAAGAACGUCAAAAAGGCCAUCGAUGAGUACGUUCCAGCAGUGGAAGAAAAGCAACGGUUGGAAUAUGCAGCGGCCGACGAGGAGGGUCGUCUAAAAGGUCAAUACUGGCUCGAGGUCGAGCCGCCCAAGUCCGUCGCAGAUGUCGUCGAGUCCAUAUUAGGUGCUCUGUACGUGUCGGACGGUUUCAAGCUAACAGGUGCCCAAGCAAUGUACGACACGCUACUGCGACCAUUCUACGAUCAGCACAUCAGCCUGAAGACUUUAUCGCAUCAUCCGACGAAGAUCCUCUUUGAACUCUUCCAAUCCCAAGGGUGUCAAGCCUUUGAGAUCACAAAGCAUAUUGAUGAGCAUGAUGGAGAGCUUAUACGCUGUGAAGUUGUCGUUCACAAUGUGAUUCUCGCCGCUGGUGUUGACCAAAGCCAAAAUUUUGCAGCGCGCCGGGCUUCAUUUGAAGCGCUUGAUGCGCUCGAAGGUGAUCCCGAUUUCAUGUCAAGGCUCUGCGAUUGUCGGUCCAAAGCAGAGCAACGCAAAGCGGCAAAGAGGGCCGCAAAGGCUCUACAUGGAAAGGGUGAGAGACCACCAGUUCAGGAUUCUGAUGAGGACGACAUGGAGAUGUAA